UUGCAGAGAGGGCCAAAAAAAAGAUUCAAGCGACGUUCUUCGAAAUCCAUUGAAUCAGUGGAUAUCGAAUAUCAGUCGGAGCGGCCAGUCCGUGAGGUAUAUGCGACCAAGUCGAUAGAAUCCGGUGAUCUGGAAUACCAUUCUGAAUUAUUUCCCGAUUUAGCACAGCCUGCGGAAGACACCACACGUGAUAGAAAAUCAUGCAAGAGCCGAGAAGUGGAUAAAAGCUCCAGUACAGCAUCAGCAGGAGUGUGCAGCGAAUCACUCGUGAUUUCAUCCAGGGGUCCUCAUUUUGCCGAGAAAACACUGAAGAAAAUAAGUUGGGAGCCAGCAAAAAUCGAGGAAUGGACAGAAUAUACACCUGAGCCAGGGCGGCCAAUCCAAGACGAACAGAGAGCACCACUGAUCAAAACAUCAACAGAGUCGAGUAACCUGGAAUAUCAGUCUUCACGACAUUCCAUCGAAAAACAAUCCGAAGAUGAAUCUGAAUCAGAGAACUUAAUCAGCGAAAGCCGAAAAGUGCAAGGAACGGCGCAUUCCAUAGAUAUCUCACCAACGGGCAAGUCCAGCAAACUUUCCGACAGCUCGAAAGUUUCGUAUUUUGUUGAG